AUGCAGUCCAUCAUCGCCACUUCCAUUCUGGCAUUCUUCGCCAGCUCAGCCAUCGCCGCUCUUCCGGACAGAAGCUCCUACAACAUCGAGAACUUCUCCGAGACCAAGUCGCUCGACAACGACAUUACCUCGGUGUCUUUCGACAUCACUCCGUACGAUCCUGCUACCACUUCUGGGUCCGGCGGUGUCUACCACUGUACGCAAUACGACGUGGUCACCGGAGAGCUGGUUGCCAAUUUUGAGGAGAUGACGACGUACAGUUGCGGCCCGGGGUCUCCGUUCAGCUUCUCGUACUCCGAAAAGGAUGGACCCUUCAAGUACAGGCUGUACAUGUGGCAAGAAGCGACUCCGCAGACUCCCACGCGUUGGGCUUUUACACCGAUCCGGGCCCCCGCAUGCAACACCGCCGAUGGGCAUCAGAUCUGCUACGCUCCGGACAGCUUGAUCACCCUGACCAACGAUGGCACUUAG